AUGGCCGCAACAAACGCCCAGGAUGCUCUUUCGGCUUUGAAAGACCGAAGCCUCUUCAUCGAAGAAGCCUACAUCAACGGCAAAUGGGACAAGAAGGCGAAGACCUUUGAUGUGUUUGAGCCGUCCACUGCCACUGUCCUUGGCAAGGUCGCCAACUGUGAAGUCCAGGACUUCCACGACGCCAUUGCCGCCGCCGAUGUCGCUCAGCGAGACUUCGAGGAGAACACUACCGCCGCACAACGAGGAGCCAUUCUACGAAAAUGGAACGACUUGAUCCUUGCUAACCUCGACGACCUGGGCACGAUUCUUUCUCUGGAGAACGGCAAGACCAUUGCAGAGGCCAAGGGAGAGGUCACAUAUGCUGCCUCCUUCAUCGCAUGGUUUGCGGAGGAAGCCACCCGAAGCUACGGUUACACCAUUCCCUCAUCAACUCCCCACACCAACGUCUACACCACCAAGGAGGCCGUUGGUGUUUGCGGAAUCAUCACACCAUGGAACUUUCCCGCUGCCAUGAUCACUCGCAAGGUCGCUCCCGCCAUCGCGGCUGGCUGCUCUGUUGUCAUCAAGCCCCCGAGUGAGACUCCCUACUCAGCGCUCGCGCUUGCGAAGCUCGGUGAGCUGGCCGGUAUUCCUGCCGGUUUGGUGAACGUUCUCCCUACUCGCGAUCGCCAGGCCGCAACCGAGCUCGCUACUCACCCUACCGUGCGCAAGAUCAGCUUCACCGGAUCGACUGGUGUCGGAAAGAUGUUGGCUAAGCUUGCCGCUGGUACAUUGAAGAAGGUUUCGCUCGAACUUGGAGGUAACGCUCCGUUCAUCGUUUUUGACGACGCCGACCUCGACCUCGUCAUUGAGGGUGUCAUGAUCUCUAAAUUCCGCUGCUCCGGACAAACCUGCGUGUGCGCGAACCGUCUCCUUGUACAAAAGGGCAUUGCUCCCGAAUUCAACCGCCGUCUUGUCGAAGCUGUCUCAAAGCUGAAGAUGGGAUUUGGACUCGACUCCGCUACGACCCAAGGACCCCUGGUCAACAAGUCUGCUGUCGACAAGGUCAACCAACACAUCGAGGACGCCGUCAGCAAGGGUGCUAAGAUUGAGUUUGGAGGCAAGAACGACGAGAACCAGAAGGGUUUCUUUGCCAUUCCCACCGUUCUCUCCGGUGUCACACCUCAAAUGUUGGUCGCCAACGACGAGACUUUCGGCCCGCUCGCACCCAUCUUCGAGUUCGAGACGGAAGAGGAUGCUCUCAAGCUCGCCAACGACACCGAGUUCGGUCUGGCUGGUUACUUCUUCAGCCGGAACGUCGGUCGAUGCCUGCGCGUUGCACGGAAACUGCAGGUGGGAAUGGUCGGUGUCAAUACUGGCAAGAUUUCUGCUGCAGAGGCUCCGUUUGGUGGUGUCAAGGAGAGUGGAUACGGUCGUGAGGGCAGUCUUUUCGGUAUUGAGGAAUACCAGGUCAUCAAGAGUGUGACCGUCGGCAACCUCAACAAAUAG